GACCCAGGAUCUCUGACCAGCUAUGACCUUAUGUUAUAUUAUUUGUAUUGUAUAUGUAUUUUUGGUGUUGCUGCCACUACUGUUUGUGUGUGUGUGUGUAUAUAUGUGUUUGGCUGUAAGAGGAUGUCAAGCACCUGCAGACCUGGUGGGUGUGGCCCUGCUGGCGGCCUGGCCACACCCGAAGCCACACACCUGCUGCUGAUCAGGGCUCGUCGGGGGAGCUACUUAGGAGAGUCUUGGAGCUCCCACCGACGCGGGAUCAUUGCGUUAGACUCCACGAGAAGUGUGGAGCGCCAGACAGCAGCCAGCACGCGGAGUGCUGAGACACGGGAGCGGAGAGCACUAAGACACGACACGGGAGUCAGGGGAAAUCACAGGGGAUUUAUUGUCAUUAUUCCAUUCACUGUAAAUAAAGAGCACCGUUUGCAUCGUAGAGUACCGCGACUGGGUCCUCCUUUCCCCACAUCCCCACGGUCCGCCAUGCCAGACCGUGACAGAAUGAUCCCGCCUAACAUGGACCCAGCGGUCUCUGAGGAGAGGCUCAGGAAGGAGGUGAUGGACAAAGUUUACCGCCUAUGCGAGUCGUGGUGGGAGAAGCCCGGGGAGGUAUUGUGUCGCGCCGUGGAGAGGCGGCUGCAGGAAAUGCUUUGUAAAUUCCCCUGGCUGGUGGAUUCCCUCAAUCCAGUCGUCCUGGAUUUCUUGCUCUCAACCCUCCACCUCCACUCUCCUCCUCAGGCUGCUCACCAGCCCGGACAGUUGGUGGAUUCACAGCCUGAGACGCCGGCCCCGACAUCUACACGGAAACGAUGUUCUCGCCGCCGGCGUUCCUCACCGCAGCCGAAUUCCCGGACAUUUCAGGAGCCGGCUGUGGUGAGUAAUAAGGACACUUUUUCAUUUCUCACCUCAUCUGCUUCUUUGUUUUCAGUGGAUGGCGACAUCGCUGACGCUGCUGUAAACCAGCCUACUGUGCAGCUAGCGUCACCUCAUUCAGCAAUCUCCACACCGCUCACCUCUUCACCAUCUGUAGCAGUGCUGCCUGCUACGACACCACCCGGACCUGCUCGGCCCGAGCCGGAGGAGCCCGUGCUGCCCGAGCAGGAGCUCAGCGGGCCGGAGCAGCCAGCACCGCCGCCGGAGGCGCCAGCGCCGGAGCUGGAGCUCAGCGAGUUGGAGGAGCGAUCGCUCGCACAACUAUGGGAUUACUGCCGGAGCGUAAUCCAGGCUGUAGACCCACACAAGAGACAUAUACAGGUAGUGGUCUUUGACGAUUAUCUCUCAUCCACUACUUUCACCAUGAACUUUUUGGACAUUAACAAACUUAAGCCAUUGGUCACUAGUUUAAGGGGGAGCUCUAGUUUUGAAUUAUUCGGCUUGGGGGGUCCGAGCAAGGAAGGUACGGCUGCUCUCUUUGACGCUCUAGCCGCUUGGUUUUUCGUGCAUCGGCGGAGGACUUUCCCGUCGAUGCUUGCAGCACAAUUGUUUGAUCCUCCAUUACAGAAAGGAUGUCGCAUUCGCCAUCAUCACCCCAUUACACCUCAACCCACCCCUGCGGUUUCAGCCCGGUCAGCUGGCGACGGACCAACAGCACUCAUUACUGCAGUGAGUAAACCGGACUCAUUUGUUUCUAUUAAUCCUGUCAUUGAAAAUGAAAACACAGGUGAACAGCGGAGGACGGCUUCCAUACACCCGGCCCCGCCUUCACGGAGGAGAAGGCGUCCUAGCAAGCAGCGUUCAGCCACAUCUACACUCACCCCUGUGCUGGUUGAAGAUUCAGGACCAGCGGCUCUGGACGCCACAGUGAGUAAAAUGGACUCAGCCGGUGUUGUAAAUUCCCUUCCUGGGAACACGGAAAUAGAGACUAUAGCCACUUUGGCAAUUAUCAAUGGAGAAACUGUGAGAGGUGUAACUGAACUCCCAGUGGAGAUUUUUGGACCACCGACGGACGAAUGUGGUCUGAGUGCUAAUUCUGGGGCAGAAUUUUGCAUAGUCAGCCCUGAGAUAGUUAACUCAGAGUCGGUGGGGUCAGAAACUGUUUGCUUUACCUCCAAGAAGUCAGAAGAAGUCCACUCUGAGACUGUGAGUUUGGAGCUAGGGAGGUCAGAGCACACAGACCCAGAUGACUUUUUGGCCCAGACUGGCCGUAUGGAGACAGAAGUUCUCCCCAGGGCUUCCCCAGAGGCUGAACUGGAGACCUCAGUUGCCUCUGGACCCCUGGAAUUUGUUGAGCCAGCUGUAACGUUCUCAUCCUCUCCGCCCUUCAUAGUAGCCACAUCACCCUCCACUCAGUCUGCUGCCCAGCUAGCAACUCAGUCUGCUGCCCAGCUAGUAACUCAGUCUGCUGCCCAGCUAGUAACUCAUCUUCAUCCUCAGUUGGAGGUCGAUGUGCCUGCUGAACCACCUCUGCCAUCAUUUCACUCGUCUGUCCCUGCAUUACAGUCCAGUCUACCGGAGGUAGCUGCCACACCAUCUUCACCUCCGCCCUCUGCAGCUACUUCUCCACCAGCGUCUCAUCAGACUGCAGCACUCUCAGCUUCACUGGCCACAUCACCUACCCUACCUUCAUCUUCACUACCUGCAGCUACUGCAUCACCAUCUUCACCUCCGGAUCGACCAUCUACAGCCGCUCCACAGCCGGAGGAGGAGCUCGGCGAGCGGGGGGAGCCCGCGUCGCUGCCGGAGGAGGAGCUCGGCGAGCGGGGGGAGCCCGCGUCGCAGCCGGAGGAGGAGCUCAGCGAGCGGGGGGAGCCCGCAUCGCCAACUGUGGAGCGCAGCGAGCCGGCGGAGCUCAGCGAGCGGGAGGAGCCCGCACCGCCUGAGGAGGAGCUCGGCGAGCGGGGGGAGCCCGCGUCGCUGCCGGAGGAGGAGCUCGGCGAGCGGGGGGAGCCCGCGUCGCUGCCGGAGGAGGAGCUCGGCGGCGGGGGAGCCAGCGUCGCAGCGGAGGAGGAGCUCAGCGGCGGGGGAGCCCGCGAUCGCCAACUGUGGAGCGCAGCGAGCCGGGCGGAGCUCAGCGGCGGGAGGAGCCCGCACCGCCUGAGGAGGAGCUCUGUGAGCCGGGCGGGGAUUUGGCGGCGGGAGGAGCGGCUACCAUCAAGAGAGGGGCUCGGCGGGCUGGUGGGCGCGCACCGCCGUCCGGAGCACGCCUGCCACGCCGCCCACGUCCCGCACGUCGGGGAUUAUGGGGCAUUCUACUCUGUCGCUCACCAGAGCUGCAACGCCGCCGCCACCGGACCCGUGGCAGGCCACCCGAGCUGUCACACUGCUGCCACCGGACCCGUGGCCGCCCGCCGGAGCUGCAACGCCGCCACCAUGGCACCCGUGGCAGGCCACCGGAGCUGUCACACUGCUGCCACCGGACCCGGGGCCGCCCGCCGGAGCUGCAACGCCGCCACCAUGGCACCCGUGGCAGGCCACCAGAGCUGUCACACUGCUGCCACCGGACCCGUGGCCGCCCGCCGGAGCUGCAACGCCGCCACCAUGGCACCCGUGGCAGGCCACCCGAGCUGUCACACUGCUGCCACCGGAUCCGUGGCCGUCCGCCGGAGCUGCGGCACCGCCGCCAUUGCACCCGUGGCAGGCCGCCCGAAGUUUUCUGUUGCUAUCACGGGACCCGAGGAGAAGUGUGGAGCGCCAGACAGCAGCCAGCACGCGGAGUGCUGA